AUGCCCGAAAAUAAAGUUACGAGCGUAUUCUCCGACAGCGGAGUAACAUUGCCAUUGUCUGACCCACAUCAUGUGAAUGUCGAUGCUCUGUCGUUGUUUUCUUUGAAGGGAAAAGUAGCCUCAAUCACUGGUUCAUCCGCUGGAAUCGGGCUUGCUGUUGCCGAAGCUUACGCUCAGGCAGGGGCUGAUGUGGCCAUUUGGUAUAACUCGACACCAGUAGCUGAAAAAGUGAAGGAAAUCUCCACCAAGUAUGGUGUUAGGUGUAGAGCCUACAAGUGUUCAGUUGGGGAUUUCUCUGCUGUCAAAUCAACCAUAGAACAGCAGAUUGAAGAUUUCGGAAAAAUUGAUGUUUUUGUCGCCAAUGCCGGAGUGGCUUGGAGCUCGGGAGCAAUCUUGGAUUUACCUCAUGAGGAAGCAAUUGCAGAAUGGGAGAAAGUUUUCAAGUUGGAUGUCGAUGCCGUGUUCUAUUGCGCAAAGGUCAUCGGACAAUAUUUCAGAGAACAUAAAAAGGGUUCUUUCAUAAUUACAGCAUCAAUGUCUGGUCAUGUUGUCAACUAUCCUCAAUUGCAGGCACCCUACAAUGCAGCCAAAGCCGCUGUAUUACAAUUCUCCAAAUCUUUGGCUGUUGAAUGGUCUGAGUUUGCCAGAGUGAAUACAGUAUCUCCAGGCUACAUAAAAACUGAAUUGACCAAGUUUGCUGACGUCGAACUUCGUCAAAAAUGGUGGUCCAUUAUCCCUCAGGGAAGAGAGGGUCUUCCACAAGAACUAGUGGGUGCCUACAUUUAUCUUGCCAGUGACGCAUCUUCCUACACAACUGGUGCCGAUAUUCGUGUUGAUGGGGGUUACACGGCACCUUAG